UCUUAACGAAAGGUGGCUGCUAUGUCCACGUUGUGCUGUGGGACUGUUGCAUCUUGCUAAAGAUUCGCUAACUGGAACUGUUUUGAAUUUAGGAUAGCAGUUGGAAACAGCAUCAAGCGUUGGAAGUUCAACAUUGGAAGACUUGCUGUUUUUACAUUGGCGGACGUGUGGUUUUGCGUGGUGUCGGCGCCUUUACUGGGAGCUAGUUUUGUUCCUGCUUGCAUCAUCAUAAAAGUGCUCUCCUUCUGUGGGAUUAGCUUUAACAUGCGGCUGUAGCCAAAACGAGACCUGGCCCCUCGUUCAACUUUUUAAAAGGAUUUCGUUGCCAAAUAUUUUCAGGAGCACUUUCUGCAGUUGCAUUCAUCUGUCUUCAGGCUUGUCAAAAACAGAACUGCCUGUCCAUUUCUAAGAGAAACCAGAGCAGGCUAAUUUCAUAAUUGUUCUGCUUUGAAGACCUAUCUCCAGAAGCCGAGAUGCUGAACCAGGGGGCUGUGAUGAUCUUCACAGGCAUCUGUGGGGCGUUAGUGGUCAUGGCGGUGGCCUACUACGCCUACUGGUCGGUGGUACUAAGUGAAGGGCCGUGUAAAAGAGGGUUGUAGAGACGAACCCGCUGUGCAGUGUGUGUGGGAGCGCGUGUGUGCGUGGGUGAGUGAGUGAGUGUGUGUGUGUGUGUGUGGAAGGGGCUCUCAGUCAUGGGUGUGGUGUCGUGGCUGAAGAGCCUGUUCGUCCUGCAGCUCUUGAUUGGCUUUGUGUUCGUGGUGAGCGGCCUCAUUAUAAACUUCAUCCAGCUGUGUACCUGUGUGCUGUGGCCCAUCAACAAACAGCUGUACCGCAAGAUCAACACCAGACUGUCCUACUCGCUAUGGAGCCAGUUGGUGAUGCUGUUGGAGUGGUGGUCUGGCACAGAGUGCACACUGUACACCGAUCAGGCCACGGUGGAUAAGUUCGGCAAAGAGCACGUCAUCAUCAUCCUCAACCAUAACUAUGAGAUCGACUUCCUGUGUGGCUGGACCAUUUGUGAGAGAUACGGCGUACUGGGGAGCUCUAAGGUUCUGGCUAAACACGAACUGCUGAAAGUUCCUCUGAUCGGCUGGACGUGGUACUUCCUGGAAAUUGUUUUCUGCAAGCGAAAGUGGGAGGAAGACAGAGAAACAGUCUUCAGUGGGCUGAACAGUCUCCGAGAUUACCCAGAAUACAUGUGGUUCCUGCUGUACUGUGAAGGAACGAGAUUUACGGAAAAGAAACACCAGAUAAGCAUGCAGGUGGCUGAGAGUAAGGGCCUUCCAAAACUGAAGUACCACCUCCUGCCCCGCACCAAAGGAUUCACCACUACACUGCAAUGCCUCAAGGGAACAGUGAAAGCUGUGUAUGAUGUCACGCUGAACUUCAAAGACAAGCAGAACCCGACCCUGCUGGGCAUCGUCAACGGGAAGAAAUACAUGGCAGACUUGAGCGUCAGGCGUUUCCCUGUGGAGGAGAUUCCUGAUGAUGAAAAGGAGUGCGCUGACUGGUUACACAAGCUCUAUCAAGAGAAGGAUGCAUUACAAGAACAAUAUGAAAAGGAGGGCUGUUUCCCCGGCCCCAUCAUCAAACCCAAACGUCGACUUUGGACACUGCUGAAUUUCCUGUUUUGGGCUACUCUCCUGCUUUCUCCGCUUAUUAACUUUGCCUGGGACGUCUUAGUCAGCGGCUCUCCCCUCCUCAUCAUUGGCUUUAUGAUCUUCCUUAUUGUCGCUUCUGUAGCAGUUCGUCGGCUCAUCGGUGUAACCGAAGUCAAGAAGACCGGAUCCAGCUACGGCAACGUAGAAGCCAAGAAGGAGAACUAACCAUUUUCACCGUGUCAACACCGUGUGGCCACUGUAACGCUCACCCUGCAGUCCAGCCUCAGGCACAGAGCUGCCCUGUGUGCAGUUAUCCUUCUUUUUACAAAAAAAAGUAAUACAAAAAAAAUAAUGAAAUAAUAAAAUCUCAGCAUUGGGAGGUAUAUAGGGAUAUAACUGUAGAUUUAACUUAAAACGCUAGUCUAUAAACAUUAUGAUCAUUUUUAUGAACCAACUAAAUGGAAAAUAGAGGAGAAGAAACACUCGUCAGCUGCGGAUCGAGAUGGCGAGAUGGCGUAGAGAGACCAACCACUGAUGCUAAUCGACCUAUCAGUGACUUGUCCCUCCUGUUUAAAACCAUAAGACCUGCCCAUUUCCCAAACAAGCCCACUUCUUGUCAUAGUUCUCCAUUAAUAUUAAUCUUCUGAAGUGCUUUAACACUUCCUUCAUUGCAUCUACAAUAUCAGUAGUCAUUUUUCCACAACGUUCCUCUUUGCAUUUUCACCCAAAACCACACUGAGUCACUUGGACUGAUUUUCCACGAUCAGAAUUUCACAUCACAAGCUGGAAGAGCAUGCUGCGGUUGAGAAAGACAAACCCCAGCCAAUCAGCGAUGAUGGUCAUGACACGGCCCCUACCCGACAAAUGAACCGCUGGAGUGAUGUUGGUGAAAACUGUUCACUGUGAUGGUACUAGAUAUGGACUGAGCAGGGUUACUAAAGAAAAGCAUGUCUUCUGUAACUUCACAAUGGUGUCUUAAACCCACUACGUCACCAUUGUAUUACUGGCUAUGCUGACUAAGCGAUAAAUGUUUUCUACCAAUGUACUCCACCUAGAGCUUCUCUUUAGUUAGUCUGCAGUUUUGUCAAAAAAAUGAAAGACCCAUGGACCAUAAUACAGUUGCCCAGCCUCUCUACCCUUGUGUAACUGAUGAAAUACAAGGGUUAGAUGAAUGAGAUUGUGAGAGUAGCUGAAUGACCAAGAAGAAAGCAAUGAGUUGUAUCAAUAAAGAGAGAAUGAAACCUGUUUAGUGUAAUCUGAUGACACUAAUGGUUUGUAAAUAAACUCUAGAAGCUUCUUCUAGACCCAAAUCCAUCUGAAUUGAAAGCACCUUUAUGGUUCUUGCACACAUUUAUCUCUCUUGCACAUCACUCAUUGUUUUCAGUGUGCAACUUGGUGUUUUUUCAUGACGAAACAGGAAACCUGUUCAAGCCUUAACGGAACAGAAAAAUGCAGCUUCAUUUGUGUGGCGCUCUUAAGAGUCCCGUGUGGUUGUGAUUUUCACAUACUGUGCAGAGGUUUUCUGACCCUCGAAUCACGUGUAGAUCACAGGUGCUGUUUGUCUGAAAGCUGCUCGACAUGGGAUUGGAAAAUGUGACAUGGGUGUAGCAGAUGAGGUUUAUAAUUUGGAUCAAAGACCAAAGUUCAAAAAACUAAAAUACUGUACAAGACUGACCUUUUUUUUUUUUUUUUUUUUUUUUUUUUUUAAAACCAUAACCUGUUUGAAGGAAUAUUGAGUUGAGUUGUAUUUUAUUUUCACAAGAUAUUUUUGGGAGACUGAAUUUAUUAAUUUCACAAAAAGCUGUGAAUGCCAACAGCUAAGUGUUUGUUUUUAGAAGAUGAUACUGAUUUUUUUUUUUUUAAAGCUUGCUGAUCUGAGAUCUGUGAUUGUAGUUAAUACCACUAUGGACAGGGUAGGACUCUGAGCCAAGAUUAGUUCUUGUACUCUAAUGCUGUUAUGAAUGUGAUACCUGAUCUGGGGCCAGAAUUCCCACUGCUUGUAAUAAAUGUUGCUGCUUUAUACUGAAGUAUAGGACUGAGAAGAUUGAGUUUUUAGAGCACAGACUAAGUGGCGCGAACAGAUGCUAAAGACUACUGAGAGUGUAUCUGACCUCCCAAAAAAAGCAGUGUGUGAAUGGAGACCAAGCAGACCUAAAAAGUUAGUGUUAAAAUCACUACAACUUUUUUUGUAUUUUCUUUCAGAACAAUUAAAGCAUUCAGUGUAUGAUUGGAA